AUGACCAGAGUUGAUCUCUCAUUGAGACAGGCGAUUCUGUUGAACGACGUCGCUUUGGUUCAACGACUCCUAAGAAGCAACCCCUCCUACCUUCACAAUCCUGACUAUGCCGACAAGAGCAAUACUUCAUUGCAUCUCGCUGCACAGUAUGGCCUCGAGCAGAUUGCAGAAUUUUUGAUCUCUAGGGGACAUGAUAGCACUCGGCCAGUCGAAGACUGGAUCUAUAGCAACCAUGGAGACAAUCUCGGCAUUUCCGUCAACACGGAGGGCCAGACACCUCUCCAUUUAGCUUCCGCCUUCUCCCAAGCCGCUGUCGUCGAACUGCUCUGCAAGCAUUUCCCUCAAACUGUAACCCGACGAGAUCACAAAGGACAGACACCUCUUCACCUAGCUUCAUCGUCCCAAGUAAUGCCUACAUUGAAUAAAUAUGUCAGCCACACCUUGAAACCAACAGCUCGCACACCGGAAGACACCAACACUAUUGAAACUCUUCUGGCUCAUGGGGCAGAUGUAAAUGCAAGAGAUGAUCAAGGGAAUACGUGCCUACACAAUGCAAGUGCUUGGGGCAAUUUGAAAGCAGUCCGGGCUUUGAUUCAGGCCGGAGCAGAUCCAUUGCGCAAGAACAAGGCUGGCUGGACGCCUGAGUGUUACAGCAUUACGGUGCAAGCCGAGGUCUAUUAUCGCAAUCUAGUCGCAGAGUGGGAGAAGAGAAAGACCGAAGAAGAGAUGCGAGCAACUGAGAGACGAGCCAAAGGUGGUGGUGCUGUCAGACUGGUGCCUCAAGAAGCCGAGAGUGACGAGGCAAGCUCGGACCCGGGAAGAAGCCGGGCCAGCAGUGCCAGAAGUCAACUGACUAACGAUAGCGAUGCGGGCUUAGGUAUCAGUAUAAGUUACGUGGAUACUUGGAAGUGA